GCGGCCGGCGGUGCGGAGGGAGAGGGCUCAGCCGAGGAGCACCCAGCGGGAGAGGAGAGUUCCGAAAACAGCUCCAGCAGUAGCUCGGAAGAGGAGUCGGAUGGGGAGGAGUUGGAUGGAGGAAGGUCGGAUGAAGGACAGGAGGAGAAGGAAUCGCUACCGCGCUGCAAUGAAUCAGGCAUGAACUGUCUGCCACCCUGUGAGCAUUGCAGAAAUGAAAAUGACCAGAAGGAGCAAGUGACCCCUAGGAGACUUUCUGGAGGACAAUAUAUGGUGCAGCUGGAUGCAGAGGGGACUUACCAGUGCAGCCUCACGGGCUUGAUUUUUGAGGUAACGGGGGCCGUCAAAAUCACAUAUUCCCUCUUAUCCUGGAGCAAAUACGCCGGCCUCGUGAAGAAGCCGUUGAUCGUGGGCGGCCCCCUCUUUGACGUGCACUGCGACUCGGCCCCCGCUCUCGCCUCCAUCCAGUUUCCCCACUCCCUCUGCCUCAGCGAUCAUGGCGCUGGCAUGGCCUUCAAGGUUUUGCACAUCAAAGGCAAGGAUGCAGCCAUCGAGCCCUCCGCCGACUACUCGGCCUCGCACGUGAAGUGGCUGGUGAGCUCGCUCUCACCGGUGGGACCACUCAUCCAGAGCCAGGAGCCCGUGCAGUACCACGGCGCCGUCAUCCUCUACAAAGCCGUCGAUGAGCAUCCCUCCUUAUCCUUUCGGGUCUACGUGGCUACAAACAACAACUCCUUUAUAAAUGAUAUCUCAAGAGCCGUAAAACAUUCAAAGAAGAAAUUCAUUAAAAUUGACAAGCCCCCUGUAUGCCAAAAAUUACUUCAGGAAGGAAAGAGAUAUAGAUUAGUGUGUGAGCCAGAAGCUGAAGUAACUCCAGAGGAAAUUGAAUUUAUUGAUGGAUCUCUCUUGAAACUAAAAAGUUACAUUGAAGUCUAUUUGGAGAAACCCGACGACUUCACCUUGUCUUUGGUUGAGCUGGAGUCUGAUGCGACCAUAUGGAAAGCAAAACUAAGGGAGAGUGACUGGAUACAUUACGAUCAGAACAAAAACGAGCAGAAAAGAAGCGCAGUCAGUGUCAAAAAACGGAAACCAGCCCUCAGCAUUUUGGAAGAAGACAAGCUCUGUAGCAAAAAGCAAAAGACCGGCAAUACCGCAGAUGGAAUUGAAACAAAAGACUUAACUGAUCCACAGCUGAUGGUGAUCGCAAAGUUGUUUGGUAGGCAGUGGAGAGAAAUUGCUAUUGAGUGUCUUCAGGUGGCAAUGAAAGACAUUGAGCAGAUUCAGGCAUCAGAGCAAGAAGUUAAUAUGCAAAAAUUUCUGGUGUUAAGCAAGUGGAGAGACAGAGAACAAGGCAACGCAACUGCAGAAGCUUUGUACAGAAGUCUCCAUGAAAAAGCAUCCUAUGAGAUAUUGCAAGCCCUACAAGGUUUCUCGGCUCAGUGCUGAGCUGGUGAAGCCGCAGCUGGAAGGAGCGCGGUGGGAGCUUCCCCAGCCAGCCGUUACGCUUCUCCGGCUGCUUCCCUGGGAUCUCGCUGAGAUUCGGGCAAGAAGAUGCAAGGCAUCAUCACUCAGGGGAAAGUUUAGGCCGGAUCUUCGCCAGAAAUGUGAAUGAAAUUUUGCGCGGAUAUAAGCACACCUAGGACUUUCAGGAGCAAUUACUCAUGCGGUGGAUCCCGGCAUCACGGCCGGGAGUGCCGGGCUUCACGUAUGGGGAAACCCAACACUGCCACCCAGCUUUGUCUCAUUUGAGCCAGUCCUAAAAGACAUGAACACUGGAAGAAACCAGUUUACCUUGUUCAGAUAUAUGAUCGUUAUCUGGAAACGUUUUUAUUUACAUCAGGAAAAGACAGGGAGAAAAGUUAUGCGGAAACUUUCGUCCCCUGAAAAAAAAUAUUGAACUGCCAAAAUCAUGAGGUACAUUGUAUUUCCCACAGAUGCCCAAGAUCAAGGAAGAAUAAUCCUAAACUUGCAGAUAAAUUCCUUUGCAUUAUCACUGUAUAUAUACAUAAUUACUGUACAUACUUGUGUACAUUCAGUCCUUGUUAAGCUGUGGUUCUGUUCUCUGAAAGCCUGAUGACUGAUUUCACGGGAGCACCACUAUUAACUCCAGGCAGCUUUGCAUUUUCCCUGGGAAUCUCUUCUUCACUCUUUUCUGUAUAGUCUGUCUCAAUUUUUAUGAGAGAAUUUUUUAUGUUGUAUAAUUUUUUUUUUAUAUUACAAACUUCUUAUGCUUUUUUUUUUACUUGGUUAAUUUUAACUUUAAUAGAAUUAGGUGCUUAAACUAAAAUGGGAGAAGCCAAAAUCUCUGCGAAGGCUGUUCCUCUGUCGGCAAUGCAGGUACUACAGAAUUGGAAAAGAUUUGGAAAGCAUGUUGUUUGCAGAAGAGAGCAGCGACCUGAUACGGGAGAUUGUCUUGUUUUUAAAGACACAGGAUUCUUUUGAUCAUCUUCCUCUGUGUAUGUUUAUGAAAGAAAAAGCAUACUUUUAAAAAAUAAGGAUUAAAAAGGAAACUUUUACAC